GAGGAGGUGACCUUACUGAAGAAUUGUUAAAUUGCAGGAUUUUUGGUUUCAUUUCAAGUUGAUACAUUUGAACGUUUUAGUAAGGAUUUCCAGGCUUUGUUUGUAAAAUGAGUUGGUUUUGAGUCAUGGCUUUAUAGAGUCGCUGGUUGAAGUAGUAGCUUUCUAACUAACGUUUCCUGAAAAUAAAAGCAGUUGAUGUGAGAUCAGGAAUGACAGAAGCACAGCAGGCUCGCGUGCAGAAGGCAGUGGAGGAGAUGGUUCAGAGUCUGGAGAAAGAGCACAUCCGUAAGAUGCAGGGCCGCAUGUUCCGCUGCAGCGCAGAGUGUUGUGAGAAUCCCGGCCACUCCAUGAACCAGGUGCACCAGUGUAUCGACCGCUGCCACACACCGCUGGCUAAAGCUCAAGGACUGGUCACCAGUGAACUCCAGCAGUUUCAGGAUCGUCUCACGAGGUGUACAAUGCACUGUAACGACAAGGCCAAGGAUCUGUUUGACUCCGGGGCGAAGGAGCCUGCCGUGCGGGCGCUGAUGGACAGCUGUGUGGGCAGCUGUGUGGACGAACACCUGAGCCUGCUGCCCAGCAUGACUCGCAGACUGAAGGACAGCCUGAACUCAAUAGCUCAGUGAAGCUCUGACUGUGGCUGAGGCUGUAGGAAAUGAUUCUUGUGGACUCGUGAGUUUACUGGAUGGAGGAUUGUGAUUGCCGUCACCUGAUUGUGGCUUGGUGAAUGGCAUGUGCUGAUUUCUGUGUCCAUAUUGUUUGUGGUUUUUGUACAGACAAUAAAUGUGAUCAAA